AUGGCGGUGGAUAAUUGGACCAUAAAUCUUGAAUCUGAUGGCGACAAAGAACCUAAAAAGCGAAAGGGGACUGUUUUAACACAUGUUUGGGAUCUACUUGAUGGAGAUAGGAUAGUAACCCUUAAUGAAAAGAACAAAAUAAGUCGUGAAAUGAGGAAGACAACUCAUACAGCAGGUACAAAGAGUUAUGCUCGUUGGUCUAAGGACAUGGUUCAAUUGGAAAAUCUCCUAGACACACAACCACAGUUAGCACAAAAUAGUGAGGGCGGAGUUACAUGGGAAGGUGAUGCAUUACAUCAGGUGUUGGGAGAAGAAAAAGCUGGACAAGUGCACGGCAUGGGAUUGCUUCCGGUUCCUAAACAAGUUUAUGGUCAAAAAACACACCAUUUUAAGGACAUUAAUAUAGUUUCACUAGAUGGCUCAUCAUCUGAUGUAGAGGUUCACAUGUUGGAGGAAAUAAGGCAACUCAAAGAGCAUUCUAGAAUGCAAGACAAAGUUAUCGAAGAACUAAAAAACAAUCAGAGGCACAAUGAGAACCAAGAGGCAACAAUGGGAAAUUGUGCUAGGAGUGAUCACAACAAUUCUCAGAAUCAAGUACUGAAUUCUAAAAGAAAGGUUGGGUCCACAGUGCUACUAAUGACUUUGAAAUAUCCUAAUAAGGCUAAUGUGGCAUAUGCAACUCUCUUGAGCACUAAUCCAGAAGCCCUUGUUGGUGGAGUUAAGAUAGGAAGUCAAUUCUACAAAGUGCGUAUCAAUCAUCCUAUAACAAAAGAUGAGCCAUUAGUGAGGCCUAUGCUUGGGUGCGACAAUAUUGGUGAUGCUCAUGCCAAAGGAGUCCAAAUUGCUUGGCCUUCAAUGUUUGUUCAAAUGAUUAAUGGUUGA